AUGCAAGUGCGCCACUUAGACCUCAAGUCUUUUGAAGCAUCGGGGCAGUGGCUGGCGCGAAAGUGGAUGCUUUGCCAGAAGAAGAAACAGGUGGCUCUUAAAGGACUGACGGAAGUUGGAAUUGAAGAGGAAAUUCUCAGAGAGGAGUGGGCAGCUCAGGUAGCUCACCAGACUAAACCUUUAACUCAUAAAUCGAAAAACAAGGCUGCAGAGGCUAUCGCCGGUGUUCUUAUGCUGGAGAAGACUCUUGAAAGCUACCAGACCAUCAUACAUGACUUGGAGCGCUGCCUCAUCAACAACAAUCGUGCAGACCUGCAGCAGCUAAAGAAGGAUGCUUAUCUUCAAGUCCGUAUGAAUGCCCGUGCUCUCAAGGCCCGACUUCAUGAUAGACUUCGACAACGAAAAUUUGAAUUAGAAAAACUUGAACGGUCCUACAGAAAUACAGUCAAUGAACUAAAUCUACAUAGCCAUACUGAGACCUCCAUCAAGUGGAGAGAACCUACAAUUCUCAAAAUCGUCUCGACCUACAACACGUUGUGCGACCAAUUGUACGCAAUGAUCCGUCAAUGCAAGGCCCCCCUUGGUGCUAUUGCUCCACUACAUAUCUCACGCCAGGGCAUCUUUCAGCUAGAUGUGGACGAUGAAAUAUGGCAAGACGUAGGACUGGAGGACGAGAUUGCGGACCCUCCUCCCUGGCUCGCCGAUAACAAUGUUCGCCACAGUAUCUGUCUUCUACUUGAUCAUGACCGUUGUGUGGAGGAGGAGAACAGGCUGAGUUGUGAACAUUGUGUCAUGCAGGAGUGGAUGAUCACGGAGUGGACAGCCCUUCAGAGUGCUCGAGCAGUUGUGGACGAUGACAUAGCAUUUCACCUUGAGAAGCGCGCUGUACAGUUAUCCCUUGCAUGUAUUGAGUGGGAAUCAAGGUUGUCAGAGGAAGAUGAUGACAGUGCAAGCCUAGAUGCGGGUGUAGGUGAUGAGGUUGAUUUAAUGGCUGAAGUCGAGGAAGUUGCAUAUGUCCAUGAAUAUAGGAUUGUAGAUUCAGAUUCAGACGGAAAUCUAGAGUACUGGGAUGAGUAUGCUAAUACUGCCUUGUGUCUGAGUGAGGUGUCCUUCUCACCAUUAAGUAUGGGAUAUCCUAGUAUCCUUGCAGGAAGUUCCAGUACUGCUUCUAUGUGA